CGUCACUUGGCCCAGCAAGCAAUGGAGCCGAAGAGCAGCUUCAGCUUGUGUGUGGUUGCAGCCGCCGUGCUUCAGCUGCUGCUCUUGGCUCCGAGCUUGGCCGCGGCGUUCAACUACGCCGACGCGCUCGCCAAGUCCAUCAUCUUCUUUGAGGGCCAGCGCUCCGGCAAGCUGCCGCCCGGCAACCGCAUGACCUGGCGCGGCGACUCCGGCCUCAGGGACGGCGCCCAGUACAAUGUGGAUCUGGUCGGCGGGUACUACGACGCCGGCGACAACGUCAAGUUCGGGUUGCCGAUGGCGUUCACCACCACGAUGCUGGCGUGGAGCGUCGUCGACUUCGGCAAGUUCAUGGGCGCCGAGCUUCCCCACGCCAGGGCCGCCGUGCGCUGGGGCGCCGACUACCUUCUCAAGGCCGCCACCGCCACGCCCGACACGCUCUAUGUCCAGGUGGCGGACCCGAACCAGGACCACCGGUGCUGGGAGCGACCGGAGGACAUGGACACGCCGCGCAGCGUGUACGCCGUCACCAAGGACAAGCCCGGCUCCGACGUCGCCGCCGAGACCGCCGCCGCGCUCGCCGCGUCCGCCAUCGUCUUCCGCCGCUCGGACCCGGCCUACUCGUCCAAGCUGCUCCACGCCGCCAUGAAGGUGUUCGACUUCGCGGACCGGCACCGCGGGUCGUACAGCGACUCGCUGAGCGCGUUCGUGUGCCCGUUCUACUGCUCCUACUCCGGCUACCACGACGAGCUUCUGUGGGCCGCGUCGUGGCUGCACCGCGCGUCGAACAACGUGUCGUUCAUGUCGUACGUGCAGGUGAACGGCAUGCAGCUGGGCGCCGGCGACGACGACUACUCCUUCAGCUGGGACGACAAGCGGGUCGGCACCAAGGUCCUCCUCUCCAAGGGGUUCUUGAAGAAGAAGCUGCAGGGGCUGCAGCUGUACAAGGCUCACUCGGACAACUACAUCUGCUCGCUGGUGCCGGGCACGAGCAGCUUCCAGUCCGGCCAGUACACGCCGGGCGGGCUCAUCUACAAGGAGGGCGCGAGCAACAUGCAGUACGUGACGACGGCGACGUUCUUACUGCUGGCCUACGCCAAGUACCUCCGCUCCAGCGGGGCCUCCGUCGUCUGUGGCGCCAAGGACGUCUCCCCCGCCGAGCUCGUCGCUCUGGCGAAACGGCAGGUGGACUACAUCCUUGGGAAGAACCCGGCGGGGAUGUCGUACAUGGUGGGGUUCGGCGCGCGGUACCCGCGCCGCCUGCACCACCGCGGCGCGUCGAUGCCGUCGGUGCGCGCCCACCCGGGGCGCAUCGGGUGCGACGAGGGGUUCGCGUACCUGCACUCGGGCGCGGCCGACCCCAACGUGCUGGUGGGCGCCGUGGUGGGAGGGCCCGACGCGAGCGACGCCUUCGCCGACGACCGCGACAGCUACGGGCAGUCGGAGCCCGCCACGUACAUCAACGCGCCGCUAGUCGGCGCGCUCGCGUUCUUCGCCGGCACCGCCAAAAGCACCAACUGAACUGAAGCUCGAGUAGUGAAGUCGAGUCGUGUCGCUGCUGUUAACGCUAGGAAUCGUGUCGUGUCGAGUGUGAGUCGCGAGGCCGGAGUGUGGGAGCGCCAAGGCUCAAGAUGUGGCCGAGCUCCCCCGUCAGUUGUGCCGCC